AUGUCAUCAUCGGAUUGCGUUAUGUAUGGAAUGUGUUCCGAGGAUCAGUAUUGCAUUGCGAAUCAUCCACCGAAAUCAACGGCAACCGAUAUCUACAAAAAAGUUUGUAAUUUAGACAGCCCAGAGCAAUGUUGUGAUCGAACGCAGCUUACUGAAUUAGAAAAUAAAUUGGGUUUGCUCGCAAUGCUUGUUAGAGAUUCUACCGAUGACCCGACAUGCUACGAUGGAUUGCUUAAUAUUUUCUGCGAAAUAACUUGCAGUCCGCAACAAUCCGAUCUAGUUAAAAUAUUAAGCUCUGAUAGCACGAAAAAAACAGUUACAUCAAUUGAUUUUCGUAUUUCGCGUCCUAAGGCACAGAAAAUCUUCGAUGCGUGUGCAAAAAUCGACGCUUUCUUUGGUCGAGCUAUUGAUUAUAUAUGCAAGGAAGAGAAGUGUGAUAUGCAAGCGUUUUUCCGGAGUCUUGGUUCUCCAAGUUCCAAAGGUGGACAAUCUCCUUAUGAAAUAAACUUUGUCUACGAAGACAGCGCUACUGAUCACGUUCAAUUUACAGAUGUUGACUCGGUUGAUAAUGAUGAGAUUACAACAACACCACCACCUGCCUUGAGGAAGGAGGAGUCUCCAUGUUUAACAUCGCGUUUCUUUAAACGACCUUUGUGGUUGGGCAUGAUUCUCACAUUUCUGAGCUUGACUCUUGUAUUUCUUCUUGGUUUGGCCAUUCGGUGGUGCAUUGAAAGGUGGAUGGAGGAUAACGCUGGUGCUUCUGCGGGUUCUUAUACACCGCCAAUUGGAUGCUAUUCGAAAGUUGGCGCCACUAUCCAAUUUGGAUCAACUUGGCUCUUUUCACGUCAAGGCGCACUCGUGGCUCGUUUUCCCAAGCUAACCCUUCUCAUCACCGCUAUAUUGCUUGGCAUCACUUGCUGCGGUUUUAUUUGCUUCCGAGUCACAACCGAUCCCGUGGAUCUAUGGAGCGAUCCCAACUCUCGAGCUCGUCUUGAAAAGGCCUAUUUCGAUGAACACUUUGGGUUAGUCUACCAGUCAUCAUUUUCUAGUUUAUUCUUUCAAAACCUACUAAUUAGUUGA